GCUUAGCUAACCUGAAAGGCAAAUAUACACAAACAUGGCGUUAGCGCAAGCAGGCAGAAUGGUGCGUCCUCUUCGGCGUUCCUUUUCCAUCAUUGUAUUAUGGCUUGUAGGGAUAUAUUCGUCGACACUUCAUCUUUAUAACGAGGAGGGUUACAGAGCACCGCAACACAGAGGAUAUUUUACGAUAGACGCAUAUAAGGAUUUACCAGACGUAGAUGGAGGGGGCAACGGGACUCCAGCUCUGCGACUGGCCACUCUUGGUGCUGCUGAAGGCGGAUCGGUUCACGGCGCCCUUCUGCCAAAGAGAAGCCGGCGGGGCACAGGCGAAUCUACCAUGCCCAAGGUGUACGGCCAGGCCAGCUUAAAUGACUCUCAUAACCAGAUGGUCGUCCACUGGGCUGGAGAAAAGAGCAAUGUUAUUGUGGCUUUGGCAAGAGACAGCGUUGGAGCCGUCGGACCCAGAACCAGCUCGGUCUAUGUGUCUUAUGACUAUGGCUCCACCUUCACACUUGUCUCUGGGAAAUUCCAGUUGUCUGAGGCCAAGGCCAAGAAUGACAGCACACAGGUCAUCUCUCAGUUUUAUCACAGUCCUGCUGAUAACAAGAGGUACCUCUUUGUCGACUCCACCAACAAUUACCUGUGGAACACCUUUGACUUCUGCAAGAGUGUGCAAGGUUUCUCCCUUCCAUUCAAGCCAACAGACAUGUUGAUUCACAGCACAGCACCCGACCUUGUGCUUGGAUAUGACAGUUCUCACCCAAACAAGCAGCUGUGGAAGUCGGACGACUUUGGGGAGACUUGGGUGUUGAUCCAGGAGCAUGUGAAGACCUACUUUUGGGGCGUUGAGCCCUUUGACCCCCCCACAACAGUGGUAGUCCAGAGGCAUGAGCCCCAGGGUUUCUCCAUCAUACUCAGCAGUACUGACUUCUUCCAGAGCGAGCAGAACCGCAAAGUGAUCCUGGAGCAGGUUGACAGCUUCCAGCUCAGGGAAAAGUACAUGUUUGCCACCACUGCAAGGAAACUGAUUGGCGGUGUUGAGUCGCCAUCUGUUCAGCUUUGGGUCUCCUACAACCGCCAGCCAAUGAAAGCUGCCCAAUUUAAAACCCGUCAUCCAAUCACAGAGUACUACAUCGCUGAUGCUUCUGAGGAUCAAGUGUUUGUGUGUGUCAACCACGUAAACAAUAUGACACACCUGUACAUCUCAGACACACAGGGUGUUUCCUUUUCACUCUCACUGGAGAAUGUUCUAUAUUACAGUCCAGAGGGCUCCAGAAGCAAUACACUCAUCAGAUAUUUUGCUCAUGAGCCUUUUGCUGACCUACACCGUGUGGAAGGACUCAGAGGUGUCUUCAUCGCCACACUCGUCAAUGGGUCUGUCAGUGAGACCAACAUGCGGUCGGUCAUCACGUUUGACAAGGGGGGGACAUGGGAGUUGCUUCAGCCACCCACUGCUGACAGUCUUGGAGGGACUGUGGACUGCCAGCUCAGUAAAGGUUGCUCUCUCCAUUUGGCCCAGCGCUGGAGCCAACUAUUAAACUUCCAACUGAGGAGGAUUCCAAUUUUAUCUAAGGAGUCUGCACCAGGACUCAUAAUGGCCACAGGAUCUUUUGGUAGGAACAUGGAUAACAAACCCAAUGUGUAUGUGUCGAGCAGCGCUGGAGCCCGAUGGAGGGAGGCAUUAGCAGGUCCUCAUUUCUAUACAUGGGGAGACCAUGGUGGUAUUCUGAUGGCUAUUCCACAAGGAGGUGCCAGUACUCAUCUCAAGUUCAGCACCAAUGAAGGUGAGACGUGGACCGAAUUUCAGUUCUCUGACAGGGAGGUGUAUGUUUACCAGUUACUGACCGAGCCUGGGGAGAAAAGCACUGUUUUCACCAUCUUUGGAUCCUACACCCACCAGAAACAUAGCUGGCUCAUUCUGCAGGUCAACGCCUCUGAUGUUUUGGGUGUUCCGUGUUCUGAAGCUGACUACAAACAUUGGUCCCCAUCAGAUGAACAUGGCAAUGAGUGUCUCUUGGGCAGAGAGAUAACGUUUAAGAGACGAACACCUCACGCUACGUGUUUCAAUGGCGAGGAUUUUGACCGUCCUGUUAUCACGUCUAACUGCUCCUGCUCCCGCCAGGACUAUGAAUGUGACUAUGGUUUCAGGCUGAGUGAAGACUUUUCAAUGCAAGUGUGUGUUCCUGACCCUGAAUUCUCAGGUGACCUCCAUGCUCCUCCAGUACCAUGUCCUGUUGGCACCACUUAUCGCCGCAGUAAUGGAUACAGGAAAGUACCAGGGGAUAGUUGCAGUGGAGGAGAUGUGGAAGUCAGACUUGAUGGAGAGAUGCUACCCUGUCCUUUUGGCGAGAGUAAUGAAUUCAUUCUUUAUGCUGUGAGGAACUCUAUCCAUCGCUAUGACUUGGCUACUGGCAUUGACCAGGCCCUCCCUUUGGUGGGUCUAAAGGAGGCUGUGGCUCUGGACUUUGACUAUGACAAGAACUGCCUCUACUGGGCUGACAUCUUGGUGGAUACCAUUCAGCGUCUGUGUCUAAAUGGCAACACAGGUCAAGAGAUUAUAGUAAGGAAAGAUCUGCAGAAUGUGGAGGCCUUGGCUUUUGACCCAAUCAGCAGAUUGCUUUAUUGGGUUGAUGCUGGUGCACAGAAAAUUGAGGUUUCCAAGCCUGAUGGGGACCUGCGUCACACCCUCCUUAAUUCCUCUAUCCUGGAACAUCCACGUGCUCUUGUUCUCCUGCCUGAAAAGGGUUUGAUGUUCUGGACUGACUGGGGAGACAGAGCAGCGGGUAUAUACCGAAGUGCCAUGGAUGGAAGCAAUAUGUCCUCUAUUGCAUCAGAGGGUGUCCGCUGGCCCAAUGGGAUAACAGCUGAUGAACACUGGCUAUACUGGACUGAGGCCUUCAGUGACCGCAUCGAGAGGGCUGACCUCACUGGAGGCCAGCGACACAUUCUGUUUGAGGGUUUGCCCCACCCAUAUGCAAUCGCUGUCUUCAAGAAUGAUUUGUACUGGGAUGACUGGUCCAGAAUGGGGAUCUUUAAAGCUCCAAAAACUGGUACUCAGAGUAAUGAACUAAUUGUUGGGAGACUGACUGGUGUCAUGGACCUUAAGAUUUUUUAUAAAGGCAAGAAUGGAGGUCAUAAUGCCUGUGCUGAACAGCCAUGCAGGUUGCUAUGUCUCCCUCAGCCUGACAAUAGGCACACCUGUAUUUGCCCAGAAGGUACCCCAACUACCACCUUGCCUGAUGGACAGCUGCAGUGUCAGUGCCCAACAGGAUAUCAGCUCCAAAACACCACCUGUGUUAAGACUGAGGUGAGCUGUUCUGCCAACCAGUACCGCUGUUCAAAUGGCCGUUGUAUCAGUAAUAUCUGGAAGUGUGACAGUGAUAACGACUGUGGAGACAUGAGUGAUGAACAGGAAUGUCCAACUACAACAUGUGACCCGACCAACCAGUUCCGCUGUGUCCUCUCUGGUUCUUGCAUUCCCUUGGCUUUCCAAUGUGACCACGAAGAUGACUGUGGAGACAACAGUGAUGAAGAGCACUGUGAGUCUCACAAAUGUGGUGAUGGGGAGUUUACAUGUGCACGGGGUGUUUGCAUCCGUGAAGCCUGGCAUUGUGAUGGAGACAAUGAUUGCAGAGACUGGUCAGACGAGACUAACUGCACAGCUGGCCAACAUACAUGUGAAUCCAGUAGUUUCCAGUGUCACACAGGCCACUGCAUACCACAGCGCUGGACGUGCGAUGGUGACAAUGACUGCCAGGAUAGCUCGGAUGAAGACCCUCAUUACUGUGCCGGAACUCAAUGCAAAGGCUUCCUCUGCGCCAAUGGCACCUGCUUGCCAGCUACCUCCCAUUGCAAUGGCAUGAAGGAGUGUCCAGAUGGCGCUGAUGAGGACUACUGUGACCCCUUGUGCACUCGGUACAUGGAGUUUGUAUGCAAGAAUAGAGCCCAGUGUCUUUUCCAGUCUCUAGUAUGUGAUGGUGUCAAACAUUGUGAAGAUGGGUCUGAUGAGGAUGCAGAUUAUGCCAAAUGUGCUACUCCGUCAGAGUUUAGCAAAGUGUGUGACGCAUACACCUUCCAGUGUGCAAAUGGAGUGUGUGUGAGCCUGGAAUGGAAAUGUGAUGGGAUGGACGACUGUGGUGACUAUUCUGAUGAAGCCAACUGCGUUGCUCCCACUGAAGUUCCUGGUUGCUCAAGAUAUUUCCAGUUUGAGUGUAAAAAUGGACGCUGCAUCCCAACGUGGUGGAAAUGUGACAAUGAGAAUGACUGCGGGGACUGGUCUGAUGAAUCUGAGUGCACAGGUGGAGCAGCUCCUCACACUGUGGCCCCUGGGCCAUCAACCUGCGCCCCCAACCGCUUCCACUGUGGCACUGGAGCCUGUAUCAUCAACACAUGGGUUUGUGAUGGUUAUGCUGAUUGUCCUGAUGGUAGCGAUGAGCUGGGAUGUCCCACAGUUAAUGGGUCUACGACACAGGAACAAAUUUCCACCUAUCUCCCCUCCUCCCACAGUCGUUGCCCUCAGGGUCAGUUUACAUGUCACCAUCCACAUCACUGCAUCCCUGACUGGCAGCAUUGUGAUGGCCACUUCCAAUGUCGGGAUGCCUCCGAUGAAGCCGAUUGUCCCACACGCGGGCCACUGUUCUGUGUUAAUGGAACCCUCUGUUUUGAUGGUGAAGCCUGCGUGCUGGACGAAGAGCGGUGUGAUGGGUUUUUAGACUGUUCCGACCGCAGCGACGAGGAAAACUGCACCUUGGAUAUCCUGGCCUAUAAGGUCCAGAACCUUCAAUGGAAUCAAGACUUAUUGGGUGGCAUCACUCUAACAUGGUCUCAUCCUAAAAAUCUUCCCCUGGACUCCUGCUACUACCUCAUAUCCUACAGGCUUGUCGGCACUCAGCAAUGGAUCACCAUGGAUACUCACAGUAACAAGACCAGCUACAAACUAAAACUCCUAAGCCCAGACACCACCUAUCAAGUCAAAGUGCUCACUCAGUGUCUCAGCAAGCUGCACAAGACCAAUGAGAUGGUUGUAGUGAGAACGCCAGAAGGAUUGCCUGAGCCUCCUACGAACCUGCAUCUGUCUUGUGGUAAUAUAAAGGAUGGGUCAGUAAAUGUUUCCUGGAAUCCCCCUGACAAAGGAAAUGGCCUCAUUCGAGAGUACAUUGUUGAGUACAGUGAACAAACAGCUAUUGAGUGGACGUCACAGAGAAGUACCACAAACACCACAGAGGUGAAGGAGCUGCAGCCAGACACUCAGUACAAAUUCAGGGUGGCAGCUGUGACCAGUCGAGGUCUGGGAAACUGGACUGAAGUAAAAUCAUUCACUCCUUUAAAAGCUAUUCCUCCUCCUUCAGUGAUCGUUGACAGCAUCACUGCAGAGUCCAUGAGCCUUUCAUUCAGCCUCAAUUCUCAGUAUGAAGUGCAACAGUACGUCGUUAUUCUGUCUUGGCAGUUUGACUCUCACAUGAAGGAGAGCAAGAAUUACACAGUCAAAGGAAAGAUCUUCACAGCGAUGAACCUGACAGCAGGGACAUUGUAUGAAGUGGCUGUGUGGGCUCACACUGAUAUAGGUGACAGUGCCACAGCCUUGUCUCGUCAUCAGACGACUGGCAUACAACCAGAACACCCCCUCCUCAAAGCCCGGCCCCUCAACCAAACUGCUGUGGACUGCAGCUGGACCAUCACUACUGGGCCAUCUGCAGAGGUGUAUGGGGUAUUUUAUGCUACAUCUUUCCUGGAUUUGUACCAUAGACCUCGUCAGGUCAACACUGCUCUCAUCAAUCUCACUGUCAUUGUGGAGAGUGACGAGCAAUAUCUGUUUCUGGUGCGGGCUGUCUCUCCCUUUUUGGGUCCUCCAUCUGAGCAUGUUGUGGUCAAAAUGAUUCCCAAUGAACGACUACCACCCAGGAAUCUCCACCGUGUGCAAAUAGACAAGACAGAGGCUACACUUAAGUGGCAGCCGCCAUAUGACACGCCAGACAAACCUUUGACAUAUGCACUCCAUGUGUGGGAUGCAAUCCGCAAAGUGGAGCGUGACUACAAAGUAACUACCCAGAACAACACAGUGGAGUACAAGCUAAAAGGCCUGGAGCCCGCAGGACGCUACAGCAUCUCAGUCCGUCUCCUCAACAUGAGCAAGGAAGCCAGCGACACUCUGAGCACAGUUCCUCUUCAGGCUCCUGAGGCCUUGAAGAUACUAACUGAGAAUGACCACAUAUUCCUGAUCUGGAAGAGCCUAGCAGUCAAAGAGAAGACUUUCAAUGAGAGCAGGGGGUAUGAGGUGCAUAUGUACGACAGUUUGACCAACAAGACGACCACUCUGGGAAACACAACGGAGACUUUCUUCCGUAUCAACAGCCUGCAGGUUGGACACAACUACACGUUCUCUGUCCAGGCCCGCUGCUUGCUCAAUGGCCAACUCUGUGGCGAGCCGGCACUGCUGCUGUAUAACCAAAUUCGAGCAGGAGCGAGUGAGGCCUCCGCAGGUGAAGGCAACUCUCAGGACAUGGCUGUAGUCGUGGUUCCAGUCCUCUUCCUGCUGCUCUUGGGAGUUUGUGGCGGCUUGGUGGUUCUCUACCUCAGACACCGUAGACUACAGAACAAUUUUACUGCCUUCGCCAACUCACACUACAACUCACGUCUUGGAUCCGCCAUCUUCUCCUCUGGGGAUGAACUAGUGGAUGAUGACGAAGAUGCACCCAUGAUCAGCGGCUUCUCAGACGACGUUCCCAUGGUUAUUGCGUAACGCGACCUGCAGACCCUUGCCCUUUUAUCGACUUCUCUUGUCUCCUCCCUGCACCUUGUUGACAGGAAGCCACUGAAUUAGGAAAAAAAAAACAUGAAGCGAGAGAUAUUUUUCAAAGAUAGAAUGCACUUUUUGGGAUGCGGAAUAACUUAUUUUUUAUAAGAAAAAAAAUUAUAUGUAUAUCGUGUCAAAAAGGACUUUGAGGAUGUGUUGGACACUGAGGCGUACUAUGAAGACUUUAGCAUUUGUUGACCAGGAUGUGGACUCCUUUUGAGUGGUUCAUCGCUUCAAGCCAACUCAAGCAUCCAGAGACUUACAUAUAGAAUGCAAACAAAACAACAACAUAGAAAUGCACACAUAAAACUAAGUACGUGGGUUUCAUACAUAUUAUGAAUACAAAACUGCAAAUGUAUCUUCAUAUAACAGCUUCCACCUUUUAUGCCCAGUGAUAGACAGUCAGAAGAGUCAGGUGUAAAUCACAUAUCACCAGUGGGUUUUGAAUUAUGUCUUUCGCGAGCAAGUGGAAUGUUACAUGCAUUCCAUAUAACACUCCCGUGACUGGUUACCUAGUUACACAGAUCAUUUUUUCCCCACCACCAAAACACAAUUUGCUUGUUUGUAUGUUGAGAAACUGUGCCAAAACGAUCUGAUAGUUCCAGACUUGGGGACAUUGAUCAUCACCUGAAUUUGUCAGCACUAUCUGUAAAUAUUGGCUUUUAAUACAUCUUUCUAAUGCUGCACCCGCAUCAUUUUGUGAAAUAUAUAUUUUGCUUUUUAAAAUCGUUCACAAUUUAAUUAGAUUUUUUUUUGCCAUAAAUGUAAUCACCGUGUUUGGAGUUCUCAGGGAUUUGUGUUGGGUACUCUCAGCAUCCUCGCGGAUUCGGUCACAUUGUCCACCUGCUGUUGAAGUGGGACUGGAUCAGUGGGCGGCUGAUAUACUGCAGAUUGUACCUGUUAUUAGCAUUCACGUGAAUUUAAUAAGCUCAUUCAUCCAUCGAAUUUAUUGUACCACUUCGGACAUUUUUUUUCUUUAAUCUAUAAACCCUUCAGAGGAAACCUGGACAAAACUUCACAUGGAUCAUAGUAAUCCAUCUAUUGUACAACAUGGGUCACAGCUUUAUUUGGAUCGCUUGAAAAAAAAAAAGUCCUUAAUUUAUGAUGAUGUGAAGAUAUUUUCUCUUCAUUAGAUUCUAAACUGUCUGACUUUUCAAUUAGAUAGUUUUUUUUAACUUUGCAUAGCUCAUACCAAACAAUUAGUCCUCUGUCAAGCUAGUUGGAACACCAAACAAUAUACUAACAUUUGUUUACUCACGACAUGGUGAUCUAUAAAGAUGUAUGCAAAGAUUUUGGCAGAAACUAAAAUUUUCCAUCAUCCAUUUUCUACCACUUCUCUGGGUCGGGUUGCGGGGGGGAUAGCUUCAGCAGGGAUACCCAGGCUUCCCUUUCCCCGGCCACUUCUUACAGCUCUUCCGGAGGGAUCCUGAGGUGUUCCCAGACCUAACCUCUCCAGCGUGUCCAGGGUCUCUUUCCGGUGGGACAUGCCUGAAACACCUCACCAGGGAGCCCUCCAGGAGGUAUCCGAAUUAGGUGCCCCAGCCACCUCAUCUGGCUCAUGGCUCGACACUGAGCCCCUCCCAGAUAACCAAGCUUCUCACCCUAUCUCGAAGGGAGAGCCCAGACAGCCUGCAGAGGAAACUAAUUUCGUCCGCUUGUAUCCGGGAUCUUGUUCUUUCGGUCACGUCCCACAGCUCUUGGCCAUAGGUGAGGGUAAGAACGUAGAUUGACUUUUAAAUUCAGAGCUUCGCCUUUCGACUUAGCUCCCUCUUCACCACAACGUACAAAGUCUGCAUCACUGCAGACGCUGUACCGAUCCAUCUGUCGAUCUCCCGCUCCAUUCUUCCCUCACCAGGUGCUGAUUCCCAUCCCAGCCGCUUCACAUGGCUUCGAACUGCUCUAGUGAGCGUUGGAGAUCACUGCUUAAUGAAGCCAACAGAACCACAUGAUCUGCAAAGAGCAGAGAUGUGAUGGCGAGGCCACCAAACUGGACACCAUCUACACCUCGGCUGUGCCGAGAAAUUAUAGCCAUAAAAGUUAUGAACAAAAUCGGUGACAACAGGCAGCCUUGGUGGAGUCCAAAUCUCACCAGAAAGGAGUCCAACUUAUUUCCAGCAAUGCGAACCAAACUCUGACAGCGGUCGUACAGGGACCGAACAGUCCGUAUCAGUGGGCACGGUACCCCAUACUCCCAAGGGACAUGGUCAAACGCCUUCUCCAAGUCCACAAAACAUAUGUAGACUGGUUGGGCGAACUCCCGUGCACCCUUGAGGAAUCUGCGGAGGGUGUAGAGCUCAUCUACUGUUUCACAGCCAGAACGAAAAUCACAUUGCUCCUCCUGGAUCUUAGAUUCGACUUCCCGAUGGACCCUCCUCUGUAGCACCCCUGAAUAGACCUUACCAGGGAUGCUGAGGAGUGCGAGCCCCCGAUAGUUGGAACAUACCCUCCUUCCCCCUUCUUCAAAAGGGGGACCACCACCCCAGUCCGCCAAUCCAGAGGCACUGUCCCCAAUGUCCACGCGACGUUGCAGAGUUGUCUCUACUAAGACAGCCCCAAAACAUCCAGAGCCUUUCGGAAACUCAAAUAUUGUUUUCUUUAACUAUGCUACUUUGUUAUUUUCAUUAUUCUAGAGAUAUUUUAGUGAUUCAAAAGGAUAUUCCAUAAAAUAAACAAAACUAUAAUACACAUUUUUCUCAGUUAGAGAAAAUAUAUUCAAUUUAAGCUAAAGUCAAUAUAUAUAUAUUUUUUUUAAGAAAACUAAAAUAGACGUGAAUCACAAACAUGAAAACAGAAACCAAGUCAGUAACACACAAUUUGAGUCACUUCCCUAAAAGUAUCACAGUCCUGCCAUUGUGUGAAAUAUUGUCAGGCCAUGAUUACGGUGCUGUCUUAUAUUUGUGAUAGAAAUUGAGAAAACGUAAAUAUAGCCCACUUUGUCAAAACAAAACUUGUCAGCGUGACCUGAAACCAAUAUCCAGUCGAUUAGGUACAAACUGAUUUUCUAAAAACUUUUCAGGUCCCUGAAGCUCAUUGUUGCACAUGCAUAAAUGUGUCCGUGUUCCAAUAAAAUAACUCACCAAUGUUCUACUUGUCACCUACGGUAGUCUUUUAACUGAAAUAUUAUAUGUAGCCUUUCUUUGGGCUCGAGCCAUUUUCUGCUUAAUUUUGACUCGUUUUUGUUUUUGAUCUUCUUAAGACAUUUUCAUGAAUGUAUUUUUUUACUCAUCUCACUCUGCCAUCAUUAUCUGUGACUUUUACAUGUUUGCCAGUUUUAGUGUAAAAAGACCUCAGCAUUCAAAUUCCAGCCCAACAAAACCUUUCCAUCAUCGUCUGGGUCUUUGCUGGAGCUUUGGAUUUGGGCUUUUUGGCUUGAUUUUUUUUUUUUUUUUUUUUUCCCCAAGCUUUUUCUAUUAUCUUUGUAUUAAGUUGGAUUUUUCUGGUGAUGAUUUUGUGUUUGCUCUUUGGAAACACAUUUUUAACAAUUUUUGUUUCCAUUUGACCACAUAAUGCCUUAUAAGACACAUCAGGCAUCUAGUUGGAAAACAGUCACAAAGUUAAUGAUGUUGUUAUUACCUGGGCAUUUGUUCAGUUUUGUCACAUCACUGCUCCUUUGUCAGUCGCCUACCUGGGACACUUUUAAGCAUUUUUUAAAGCUCAUGUAGAAAGUGUAAUUUUUUUGGGACAUUUGCGCUCCACCUGUCUUUGUCAACUCUUGUCAAAAUUUUGUUUGGCUUGGCCAUCUUUACUGAUAUUGAUGUCUGCUUAUCUCAGAGGUUGCAAGAAGAGGAUGUUUAUUCAACAGUGUGUGGUGUUGAAAAAAAACACUUAUGCUGAAAUAAAUUUAAAAAUGCCAUGUUAGUGUCACUUUCACUCUGAACAUUUGGUAGAAAAUGUGUCCCAUAAUUGAUGCCCUCAUUGGUAAGAGGGUCUCUUCUUAAAUAAAAAUAACUAACCUUGGCUUGUCACUGAAGAGUGACACUUAAACAAUCUGGCAAAAAAACCUUUUUCGAUCUACAUUUUAUUUUGUGCUUUACUUUUCCUCUAACUGCCAAUGACCAAUUCUAAUCUUGACUCAAACAUUACUCAUUUA